AGCGGAGUGUUCGCACACAGUAAAGAGAGGGGGAGUGUGUCGCCAGAACACUUUUCACCAGUUACACACUAUACUAUAUACACACACCUACUUAGCAUCGCUUGAUUGCAGGUAUAUCUGGGAAUGCUCACCACAGUAUUAAGGGCUGCGGCCCGGCCAAUGGCGCCAACCGCAUGUGUCGCCAAAUCGUUUGAUUUGUUGACGAAACGGUAUCAAUCAAACAGUGCCGAGAGCUUUAUGAACGGAUCUAAUAGUGUGUACAUGGACGAGAUGUAUACCGCCUGGAAGGAGGAUCCCUCCUCUGUACACAAGUCAUGGGACAGCUUCUUCAAGAGUGUUGAUGCAGGCAUGGACCCAGGAUCCGCCUUCGCAGCACCCCCGGGUAUUGUAGGCAAGAAGGGCAUUUCGGCUCCUUCGUCCAGUUCCGCAGGUGCAGGUGCAGCGGCGCCUGGUGACAAGAUGCAGCUAGCUGUACAGUCGCUUGUGCGAGGUUUCCAGGUACGAGGCCACAAUGUGGCACAGUUGGAUCCAUUGGGUAUCAUGGAUGCCGAUCUCUCCAGUGAAAUGCCCGAGGUCCUUGUACCCAGCUACUACGGCCUAGAAGAGGCGGACAUGGAGAAGACAGUAGCCUUAGGGACGGGCGACAACGUGGGCUUCCUGGGCAACUCCAAGCAGUGGAAGCUGGGAGAGUUGAUUAAAGCGUGUGAGGAGGUGUACUGCGGCACUCUGGGAUACGAGUACAUGCACAUACUCGAUCGUGAGAAGUGUAACUGGCUGCGCGAGCGUAUCGAAACCCCCGGCGUCAAAUGGUACGACGCCGAGCAGAAGAAGACCAUCCUCGACCGCCUGAUCCAGAGUGACGGAUUCGAGAAUUUCCUCAAGAGUAAAUGGAGUGCCGAGAAGCGCUUUGGCCUGGAGGGUCUAGAGAGUGCCAUCUCUGGGCUUAAGCACGCUAUUGACGUUGGAGGUGACUUGGGUGUAGAGCGUGUGGUCAUUGGCAUGCCUCACCGUGGCCGUCUGAAUGUGUUGGGCAAUGUUGUGAAGAAACCGCUGGAGAAGAUCUUCGCCGAAUUCAGCUCCGAGCUGGCACCAAAUGAAGAAGGCUCUGGUGAUGUCAAGUACCACUUGGGUUCGUCACUCGACCGUGAGACACGUAAUGGCAAGCCAAUGCAUCUGUCACUGCUAGCCAACCCCUCGCACUUGGAGGCCGCAGACCCCGUUGUCUUGGGCAAGGUCAAGGCAGAGCAGUUCUACCGUGACGGAGAUACCAACAAGAUCAUUCCGUUCAUCCUGCACGGAGACGCGGCGUUCAGUGGACAGGGCAUUGUGUACGAGUGCUUCAAUCUGGGUGGCCUUACCCACUACUCUGUGGGUGGCACCAUCCACGUGGUCUGCAAUAAUCAGAUUGGCUUCACCACUGACCCACGUUUCUCGCGAUCGUCGCCUUACUGCACGGAUGUAGGCAAGUCGCUGGAGUGCCCCAUCUUCCACUGCAACGCUGAUGAUCCCGAGGCUGUCGUACGAGCCAUGCAAUUGGCCAUCGAAUGGCGCCAGCACUGGAAAUCCGAUGCCAUUGUGGAUAUCAUCGGAUACAGACGUUAUGGUCACAAUGAGAUUGAUCAACCCAGUUUCACACAGCCGAAAAUGUACUCAGUCAUUGCGAAGCACACGCCAGCACUUCAGUUGUACAAGCAGAAGCUUAUGAAGGAAGGCGUCAUCACCGAGAAGGACUACGACGACAUGCACGCCGAAUACUGGAACCUGUGCGAAAACGCUUACAACAAGAGCAAGACUGAGAAAUUCCGUAUUGACGAGUGGAUGGACGAUCGCUGGAAGGGCUUCAAGACACGCUUUGACCAUGCGUCUGUGUUCAACACCGGCACUUCCAUGGACAAUCUCAAGCACAUUGGCAACAUCAUCUCGUCCGUUCCCAAAGGAUUCUCUGCACACUCUGGAGUCAAGCGAGUGCUGAAGGCGCGCAAGGAAGCCAUUGACAGUGGCGCGGGUGUGGACUGGGCCACGGCCGAGGCAUUGGCCUUUGGUACACUUCUGAGGGAAGACUAUCACGUGCGACUCAGCGGACAGGAUGUGGAGCGAGGCACCUUCUCACAGCGCCACCACGUGCUGCACGACCAGAACGACGAGACCACCUACACACCCCUGGAGAACCUAGGCGAGGGUCAGGCACGUUACUCUGUGUGCAACUCAUCGCUGUCUGAAUACGGAGUCCUGGGCUUUGAGUUGGGUUACUCCAUGGCCAACCCCAAUGCACUGGUCAUGUGGGAGGGACAGUUCGGUGACUUCGCCAAUGGCGCGCAGAUCAUCUUCGACCAGUUCCUAUCAUCCGGUGAGCAGAAGUGGCUGCGACAGUGUGGUCUGACUGUGCUGCUGCCCCAUGGCUAUGAGGGACAGGGCCCAGAACACUCCUCCGCCCGCCUGGAACGCUUCUUGCAGAUGAGUGAUGAUCCUGACGAUGUCAUUCCUGAUAUGGACACAAACGCACGAAACCAGAUCCAGAACACCAACUGGCAGGUGAUGAACUGCUCCACCCCCGCCAACUACUACCACGCACUGAGGCGUCAGGUGCACAGAGAAUUCCGAAAGCCUCUCAUCCUCAUGACUCCAAAGAAGCUGCUGCGUCUAAAGGCCUGCACCUCUACGCUUGAUGAGAUGGCUGACGGCACUCGUUUCCGCCGAGUCAUCAAUGAAGAGUCCAUCCCCGACGGCUCACCAGAUGUCAAGCGUGUUGUCUUCUGCUCAGGAAAGGUUCGGUACGAACUCAUGGAGGCCCGUGAGAAGUACGGCAAGCAGCAGGAGGUUGCCAUAGCAACGGUGGAGCAGAUCUCCCCCUUCCCCUUCGACCUGGUCAACCGCCAAAUGGCGUCAUACCCAAAUGCGGAUGUGGUGUGGGUCCAGGAAGAGCCCAAGAACAUGGGUGCCUGGAGCUAUGUCAACCCUCGCAUGGAGACAGCUCUCAGCAACUCGGAGACGCACAAGGGUCAGCGUCCACGUUACAUUGGCCGCGCAUCAUCCGCGUCUACGGCCACGGGUGUGAAGAAGCAGCACAAGGUUGAGGAAGAGAAAUUCUUAAGCGAAGCCAUGGACGUCUAAAGCGUUGCACAUAUAGUCUAUAUAACUCAUGAUAGGCGACGAGUUUCGAUGGACAUCACAUAGAACGUGUACAUUAAAAGCCGCUGCAUAUCUAACCGGUA